AUGUCGACGGCGAGUCUGAGUGCUGCGGCAGCCGCGACCGCCGCGCCGCCGGCUCCUCUCCCUGUGCCUCCUCCUCCCGCGGGCUCCGCCUCCGCCGAGGUGCCGGUGCAGCAGGCGUCGCGGCCGAUUGUGGUCGGCUCGUGCGCCUACUGGCGCGGCAAGGAGGCCGAGGAGUCAAAGUCGCAUGAGUGGACAGUCUAUGUCCGCGCCGCCUCACCAGACGAGGACCCAGGGCUCUUCAUCAAGCGGGUGGUUUUCCAGCUCCACCCCACGAUCACGCCCUCCACGCGAACAGUCGAGGCGCCGCCGUUUGAG